AUGGAGAUAGAGAAGAACAUGGGCAGUGGCGAGGUGGAGGUGAAAGAAGAGCUACAAAGUAAGAAGAUGAAGCGACGAGGAGGCAUCAGAACAUUGCCUUUCAUCCUUGCAAAUGAAGUAUGUGAUAGAUUUGCGGUGGCUGGUUUUCAUGGUAACUUGAUAAGUUACCUGACUCAAGAGCUGAACUUGCCAUUGGUAUUGGCCUCAAACACUCUCACAAUCUUUGGUGGAACUGCUAGCUUCACUCCUCUCCUUGGUGCUCUCUUUGCUGAGUCCUUUGCUGGCCGAUUUUGGACCAUUACUGUUGCUUCUCUCAUUUAUGAACUGGGGUUGGUUGUUAUGACUGUAUCAGCUAUAUUGCCACAUAUGCGCCCUCCACCAUGCCCAACACAAGUGAAUUGCCAAGAAGCCACAUCCUCAAACCUGUGGAUACUAUACCUCUCUCUGCUCCUCACAUCUCUUGGAUCAGGUGGCAUUAGACCUUGUGUUGUGCCCUUCUUAGGAGACCAAUUUGAUAUGACCAAAAAUGGUGUGGCAUCUAGGAAGUGGAACAUCUUCAAUUGGUACUUUUUCUGCAUGGGAUUCGCUUCUCUAAGUGCUUUGACCAUUGUGGUUUAUAUUCAAGACAAUACGGGCUGGGGCUGGGGCCUUGCAAUACCAACCAUUGUCAUGUUCAUAUCCAUCAUUGCCUUUGUCUUGGGCUCACCACUCUAUAAGAAUGUAAAACCAAAGGGGAGUCCUUUGGUUCGUUUGGCCCAAGUGAUUGUGGCUGCAUUAAAGAAAAGGAAGGAGGCUUUACCAGACGAUCCCAAGCUGUUGUACCAAAAUAAAGAACUUGACGAUGCUAUUUCUUUGGAAGGAAAGCUUUUACACACAGACCAAUACAAAUGGUUGGACAAGGCUGCAAUUGUGACAGGGGAGGAGGGCAGAGAUCCAAAUGCAACACCAAACUUAUGGAAAGUGGCCACUGUUCAUAGAGUUGAGGAGCUAAAAUCUAUCAUUAGAAUCCUUCCAAUUUGUUCAUCAGGAAUUUUGCUCAUAACUGCUACAUCACAUCUUCCAAGCUUUGUCAUUCAACAAGCACGCACAAUGGAUCGUCACCUUUCUCAUUCAUUCCAAAUUUCUCCAGCUAGUAUGUCUAUAUUCAGUGUGCUAACCAUGAUGACAGGAGUUAUUCUCUACGAACGCCUUUUUGUUCCCUUUGCUCGUAGGUUCACUAGGAACCCUUCUGGAAUCACAUGCCUACAAAGAAUGGGAGUAGGCUUUAUAGUUAACAUUAUAGCCACAGUAAUUUCAGCACCUGUGGAAAUAAAAAGGAAAGAAGUUGCUGCAAAGUACCACUUAUUGGAUGAUCCAAAAGCCACUAUUCCUAUUAGUGUGUUUUGGUUGGUACCUCAGUAUUGUUUGCAUGGAAUGGCUGAUGUUUUCAUGAGUGUUGGACUUUUUGAAUUUCUCUUUGAUCAGUCACCUGAAAGCAUGAGAAGCAGUGCUACAGCUCUCUAUUGCAUAACUAUAGCCAUUGGGAAUUAUGUUGGUACAUUUAUAGUAUCAAUUGUCCAUAAAUAUAGUGGCAAAGAGAACAAUUGGUUGCCUGAUAGGAACCUUAAUAGGGGUAGAUUGGAGUACUAUUAUUUUCUUGUUAGUGGGAUUCAGGUUUUAAAUCUCAUUUAUUUUGGAAUGUGUGUUUGGUUUUACAGUUACAAGCCCUUGGAAGAAACUACUGAAAUGAAAAAGGAAGAAGAUUUGGAACAGCCCAAUAGGAAAAUCUCAUCUGUCAAUUCAAAAGAUGGCAGAGAUGAUGAGUAG